UGCAUAAACCAUUUCCAUCUGGAGUGUUUUUUUUUUCUUUUUCCCUUCUUAAUCUUAUGCAAUCAUGUCAUUUGUUUGUUAAAUGUCGUGAGUAAGAAAAUGCCCUUCUAUCACAGGAUUACAAAAUUCGAGGAGCUCGUGGCAUUAGGAAGUAGGUUGCUUGUUGGGUUUCACCAAGAGCUAGGUGAGUUCCAUUCGUCUUAUGGUUUUUCUCUUGCUACAUUUUCUAGUUUUAAGUGUCAUCACUCAUUGACUAUACAUAUGACAUUCAUAUUUGGCAAUCUAGAGACUGUCCAAAUCUUGGGUGGUUGGCCCUAUUGUUGAUGGAGUUGUCCCUAAAUAUCACACUAAUUAUUUGAUCUUAAACAUCUAACUUGCCUAUUGAUGGUUACCAAUGUUUUUUAUCCACCCAUUCAAUGGACACCAUUUCAGUGGUUAGGAUGUUCAAUCAGCAUAGUUUUAUUGGACUAAACCAUGUUAGAUUAUUUAGGUCACUGUUGAAGAGCUGAUGAGUGGACACACAUGCUAAGGUCGCAUGAUAUGAACCAAGUAUUCGCUUAGACAGCCAUUUCAUCUAUUUUCUAUCAAACGGACUGUAUCUAGUGUUGUUAAUUAUUAAUUAAGACUUGCUCUAUCUGCCUCAUUUUACAGCUUGAGUCAUUUUUUUGCCAAACAGCCCUUUACCACAUUCUAAACUGGAGGAAGGUGGGAAGUUGUACAUUUGAGGUUAAUCUUUCUCAAGGGCUGGCAGUUGAACUUUUGAAUGAUCACCGAAUACAUCUAUUGCUUGGAAUACCUUUAUUGUCUUUAAUAGUUCCAAGGUUGACUCACCAUAUUGGACCCUAUAAGGCAAACAAACUAGAGUUAUGUAUCAUCAAGAGGAGAAAUUUGUGAGACUUGAGAACAUGUUGAAUUAUGGUCUUAAACGAGUGUGGGCUGUUGGAUAUAUGAAAGGUUCGCGCCAGGUUGUAAUUGGAUAUGAUGAAGGAACCAUUAUGAUAAAAAUUGGUCGAGAAGAACCAGUUGCUAGUAUGGACAAUAGUGGCAAGAUCAUAUUGGCUAAGCAUAAUGAAAUUCAAACUGUGAACAUCAAGACUGUGGGGGCAGAUUUUGAGGUUACAAAUGGAGAACGAUUGCCUUUGGUUGUGAAGGAGUUGGGAAGUUGUGAUCUUUACCCUCAGGUUAUUUUCUCCAUCAACGCAAGGCAGAGAUGACAGAUUUCCUGAGAAAGGUUCAUAUGUAUGUAGAUUCUCAAGAAAAACUUACUCAUUCUCAGAUUGCAUUGUGGAAUAUGCAUCCAUUAUUCAAAAAAAGGGUGACAUUCCAAGCACUCACACUCUCUCCUUGCUAGCUAAAUUGGCUGAUAAGUUAAAGAAGUCAGUAGAGGAUGAAAUUUAUUUUCUCAAGCCAAGGGUUUCAGAACUUGAAAGUGAUCUUGUGUCGAAGUCCACAGAAGUUACAUCUGCAGUUUCAAGGAAAGAAGAAGCUCUAUCUUCUACAUUUGCUGAAAUUGACCGUUUAAAGGAAGAAAAUUCUGUAAAAAUGUGAGCAUUAUUGAAUGCAUAUGGAGGGUGUUUAUUAUGUUGGAGUGUAUUUGUUUCUUGCAUAUGAGGGCACGCCUUAUGUGUAAUUCUUAUGAUAGGUUAAGCACAGUGAAGUAUUGUUUAUUUAGACAUGUG